AUGGACAAGCUGCUCCUGGACUUGGUCGUCCUGGUUGCAGCCCUUCCCGGCCAACUCAAGUUGUGCGGUCUUACCACGACUACCCUGGGUGGGCUGAUCAGUCUUGCCUCUUCUCGGUUGAUUGACCUCGAUUAUGUUGAGUCCGUUCCCGACCCAACCUACACCAUUAUUCCUGAUCAGAGGGCACAAAUUGUCUCAUAUAAUCAGGGCGCUGCAAUCGAUUCAGAUGUUGUUGAAGCCUUGCAGUCGCCGAUUCCAGAUCCAGGAGCGAACGCUCUCCAAGCACGCUACUUCGACAUUCAAAAGCGUUGGAAGCCAUGCCAGGACCUGAACAACAAUGCAAAUACUUACAAUGCAGUUCUCAACCCGGCAGAGAGCUUCGUUAUGGAUGAGAAUCUGGCCAGCUUCAACACAUACUUUGAACACAGUCCAAGCAAGGUUCCUGGUCCUACUUGCCCCAACCCAGAGGGUGCUGCCAAUCCCUUUUUUGUUCUCUGGGGAAGCCCUGUCACCACUGAGAAUGCUCGCAACGAGGGCCAAAAGGCUUUCUUCAAUCCUCAGAAUCAGGAGUCUGCCUCUGACAACCAGACUAACGCGUCUAACGGAUAUGUGUUGACUUCAUCGCUCAACCCGCUCUCAAACAAGGCAAUCGAUGCCCCCCUUAACUGUAACAACAACGACUCUUACAUGGACAUGAGGUUGCUCAACGACAAUGCUCCCUUCGAUCCCCAGCGUUGUGAGGCCGUCUGCGAGGCUACCUCGCAGUACAACAUCGACCACCCCGGAGAUGACCCCUCCAAGCUUCCUAGGCUUUGCAAGUUCUACAACACCUAUAUCCUGAACGGAAACUUCUAUUCUCAAGGUCUGGUCUGCGCUAUGUACACCGAGUCCUGGGAUCCCUCAGUCUACGCAAUGAACGAUGGCCAAUGGCGUGGCGACGACCACUACACAACCUCCUCCAGCGUGUUUUUUUACAAUACCACUGAUGUCACUACCCCGGUCUGUCCAACCGAUAUUGACAGGCUUCGAGAUGAUGCCGAUGCUGGCGCUUUUUGCACAUCCUUCAACUCAUACGUUGUGUCUGCAACAAGCACUAUUACAAGCUACACUAGCACCACCACCAUUGAUGCCUGUGGGGCUCCCACCGCCCCUCUCAAGCGUGAUGGGGAAUCUGAUAAUGCUACGGUCACUGGAAGCACGCCUGCUAUGAUAACCAUUCCAGCUGAGCAAUUGGAUGCACCUGGCGUAUACGCCUCAGCUUCUUCUGCAGCCAUUGCUCAGCUUAUAGGAUCAGAUUCUGAACCCACAACUCCGGUAUCCCCUCUAGGUUUUUCCACUGCCGUUACCCCCACCAGCACACCCAGCCCUACUACCCCGGCAUCUACUGCUGGUCUUGUCAAGCGUGCAGUAGCAACACCCCCGAUCUUUGCUGGGCGCCAGUCCCGAGAGAUUUCUAGCGCUUGCUCUCGCAUAAUCAGCAUAGUCACACCAACUGUUAUAGCGCGGGCACAAGCUACCGAGAUAACCUACAACAACUGUGCCCAAUAUAUCCCACUACCUGCCAAAAUGAUCUGCAUCUAUGAGACGUGUAGUGCAGGGGUCAACCCCAGUAGCAACGGUCUCAUCACGCUCGGAGGCCAUGGUGUAGCAGACUACUUCAACUAUAACAUCCCUAAUUUUGUGAGAGAGGCAGUCCUUAUGGCCUUCUGGAUUGAUCUCUUCAUUACUCGGGGCAGGCAACACUACAUGGACUACAGCAUUUGCGGAGAUGCAGGCCACCGCACUGUGACAUUCGAUUGGAGAGUGACUUACUGUUGCGAUUCCACAAGCGAUGCUAUAUACAGCUUCUCUGUGAAACUUUUCGAGGAUCAUCCUGGUCGUGUACAUUUGAAUUACUUUGGUACACGAGAUCAGGGCAGGUCAGCUACCAUCGAAUCCUUCUUCAAGUAUUCAUACGGCCAGCCUUGCGCCAACCAUGGCCUCGAACUAAUCUUCGACCCUGCUCCUAACUAUUUCGGCCGGGCUUGA